GAAGAAGCGCAGUUGGCCAACGCUAGCGGCUGACGCUACAAGCAGACGUGCUGUAGUCGGGUUUAAGGGAGCUUCGCCAAACUUUCACCUGAGAUUAAGUCGACUCUUGGCGGCCUCCAGACGGGCUUUCACCCGCUGUCCUACCUGAUUCUCACGAUUUCAAGAGAGGGUGCUUUCAGCGCGUUCUACUGGUAGCCAGGCCACAGACUAACUCUAGCGGCUAACGCUACAAAUGAACGUGAUUGAGUCGGAUAGCGGCUCUAACCUUGUGGAAACGGCUGAACUUAAUGAGUGGAUUGGGCACGGACUGCAUCUGGCAAUCAAUGUCAGCCAAGCUCAUCAUCCUGAGCACCGGGAGUCUGCGUGCAUCAAGGAGGAGGAGGAGUUGCCAUCCAUCAAGGAAGAGGAAGAGUUCGUGAACAUUGAAGAUGUCAGCCGAGCCCAUCAACCUGAGCACCGGGAGUCUGCGUGGAUCAAGGAGGAGGAGGAAGACUCGCCACCCAUCAAGGAAGAGGAAGAGUUCGUACACAUUGAAGGUUUCAGAAAGUAUCUUGGUGCUGAGCGGCAUGAGCCAGAAUCUCCUGGCGUUAAAGAGGAUGUUGAGCUCCCCCAAAUCAAAGAGGAGGAGCCAAACCCCUGUCAACAGAAGCAACUUUCAAUCAAAAAGGAGGAGGAAGAGCUGCCAUGCGUUAAAGAGGAAGAAGGGAUUACCAAGUGGACUUGUGAGCCCUUGAAGAGUGAAGAUGGUCCGAGUGAGGCCAGCAAAGGGGUGGAGCCUGCAAGCGGCAGCAGCUCGACAGAAGGAUUACAAGCAGACAUUUUUAUCGCUCCAUCAGACAGAAAUGGCACCACGUCACAGUCACGUUCCAAUGAUAAUGGUCAUAAGAAAUCCCACAGUGACGACCAACCCUGCAAAUGCUCUCAGUGUGGGAAAACCUUUGCUAAUAUGAAAACUUGUCGUAUGCAUAUGAGGAGCCACACUGGUGAAAGACCUUUUGUCUGUUCAGUUUGUGAUCAAAGAUUCCCUCGAAAGCAACUCUUACAAGAUCACAAAAGAACCCACACUGGCGAAAAACCUUUUUCCUGCUCAGUUUGUGAUAAGAGAUUCACUAAAAAGCAAAACUUGAAAGUUCACACAAGAAUCCACACUGGUGAAAAACCCUUUUCCUGCUCUGUUUGUGGUCAAGGAUUCAGUUGCGAGAGCUCCUUAAAAAUACACACAAGAACCCACACUGGCGAAAAACCGUUUUCCUGCUCAAUUUGUGAUCAAAGAUUUGCCACAAAGCGAAACUCGCAAUAUCACGAAAGAACCCACACUGGCGAAAAACCGUUUUCCUGCUCAGUUUGUGGUCAAAGAUUGUCUUCAAAGCAAAUCUUACAAUGUCACGAAAGAAGUCACACUGGCGAAAAACCUUUUUCCUGCUCAGUUUGUGGUCAAGGAUUCCUUUACAAGAGCUCCUUAAAAAUCCACACAAGAAUCCACACUGGCGAAAAACCUUUCCUCUGCUCAGUUUGUGGUCAAGGAUACAGUUGCAAGAGCUCCUUAAAAAUCCACACAAGAACCCACACUGGCGAAAAACCUUUUCCCUGCUCAGUGUGUGGUCAAAGAUUCUCUCUAAAGCCCAACUUACAAAGUCAUGAAAGAAGCCACGCUGGCGAAAAACCUUUUUCCUGCUCAGUUUGUGGUCAAGGAUUCCGUUACAAGAGCUCCUUAAAAAUACACACAAGAAUCCACACUGGUGAAAAACCUUUUCCCUGCUCAGUUUGUGGUCAAGGAUUCCGUUGCAAGAGGUACUUAAAAAUACACACAAGAAUCCACACUGGCGAAAAAUCUUUUUCCUGCUAAAUUUGUUGUCGAAGAUUCACUCUGAAGCAACACUUAAAAGAACACACAAGAACCCACCUUUAAUAUUUGAAACAGCGGACCCCAGAUUCCAAAAAAUCAAAAUCAUUCAUAAAUAAUGUCAUUAAAUAAAUAUGGAAAAUUAGGCCUGCAAGCAGGACUGUAGUAGCAGAUCGUCCCGCUCUCAUCAUCUCACGAGAACCUAACUUGCUCGAAACACGGCUCUUUUUUUUUUUUUUUGUAUUAGAAAUACAUUCACACACCUAGGAGAAAAAAAAAAACCCUUCUACAAAAAAGGAGGCGCAACUGAGCUGUGGAGUCACGCCCUUAUUCAAUACCGAAAUGAAUAUCUAAUUGGGCCAAUUUCACCACGUGUGCCAAAUUCCGUGGCUCUAUAAGCUGCCUAAGUCCCUGAAAAAAAUAUACUUCCUUUUAAGGGCGAAUAAAGGUUCGUCAUGGAAAACAGACAGAGAGAGAUGUGGACGUCGGCCUUCAAAUGUAGUAUUACAAAAGGUCUUGAAACUACAGUGACCAACCUGAAAAGAACUGGACGUAUUGAGUAAUAUGAGUGACUUUAUGCUGCCACUAGUUGGCGCUGCAGAGUUGAUGCAAAUGACCCCUACAGGACCUUUCAGGGUAUGACUCUCAACAAGCACGGGACGUUUGGCACAGAUAUGUCUGUCUUGUAUGUCUGCCAAGUUAUGACUGUUCAAAAUUUGUGGUGAGACAAAAUAGCGACUGUCACUUUCCUUUUUGGAACCUUCUGCUUCAACGAACCUCAAUAUUUUUCAUAAGGCACCCGAACACAUGUCUUAAGGCUCCCCUGAAACAGGUUUGAGGUCAAUUGAUUUUUUUCCCUUGCAGGAGGAGCCAGUCUUGUAAACAAAGGCGUUUCCGGUUCCCACUCGGGGGCGCCAGGCCUAAUGGGUAAUAUUUCAAUGCAGUCAUAAUCAGGCUGGGACACCUCACAUACAUGCCAGAUAAGAAGGCCUGAAAAUAUUGUCCCGCGGGCUGCAGGUCUGAUAAUUAAUAAAUAUUUUUUUAAAAAAAUUUUUCGCUGUCGCUUCCAAUCAAGUCAAGGAAUAAAACAACAGAAAAAUAAAGCGUACGCUGCUUCAUUGAGGGAUAACUCAUCGGAUAGCGAGCAUUUCAUAUAUGCGCUCAAAGUUAGGUCAAGGAACAACUUCCGUCAAGGGGUGUCCAAACAGACAAAUAGCUUUUGAUGCAAACGCCAUAGUAACUAUCUGUCUGUGAUAAUAAUAGAAAGGCAAACUCAUUUGAAAAGAAAGCGUGGCUCACCGCAGUAAUGGACCUUACAGGAGAAAUGAUGACGCGAGAAUCACAGUUGAUUUUUUUUUUUUUUCCAUCAUUUCAAAAUAUAAAUUGAUUUGUAUGAGAGAAAUAGAUCAAAGUAAAUAAAAGGAGAUAAAGAAGAUUGGCCAUUUUUUCUCUCUGGUCUUUUUCAGCACUUUCCCACUGUAAGAAUUAUCCGCAGUUCCUCGAACCUUUUGGGGUGGAUGAUGUCAUUUUGCGUGGGGCCGCAGGAAUUAUAUUACGUAGCUCUUUGGUGAUUCGAUGAAAUCAGCAGCCACGCCCCUUCUCUUGCAUCACAUGGAGCCGCCAUAUUUAAAAAAAAAAAAAAAAAAAACCUACCCUGCAGUAAUGGCGUACCGCAAGCAACACGUCACUUCUGCUCAUUAAUAUUCAUGAUGUUAGCUGCUGUUGCUAAGGGGGGGGGGGACACGCUGCCGUUUGCCCCCAAUAGGAAAUGAAUGGAAAUCUUGUAAGAAGGAGAUGUUUACAGAGCUAAACCUACCAAUUCUGUCCGAAAAUGAUGUCCUUGGUGCCAAAUUCAUUGGUAAAGAUGUGGAAGAACAUACACAUGUUCAGGUAACACCAGUGAUAAAUGGAAAUUUAGGGGAUGCUACUUUGAUACAUAUGUAUAUGCUGUGCCCCAAAUUCUGUCCACAGUACUAAAUAAGAAUUUUAGCCUAAAUCCUACCCUAGCUCUGUGUGGUAUUUUUGGUGAAGACCAUGGUCAUUUGUCAUCCACAGAACACCGUAUGGUCACUUUUGCAUUGCUCUUGGCUCGACGCACAAUUCUGCUGAGAUGGAAGGGUGCUGCUCUGCCCACGCUUGACCAGUGGCUUCGGGAUCUAAUGUCUUGUCUCAAACUAGAAAUGCUGUGCUUCUCUAAGACCAGGUCAAGGAGAACAUUUCAUAUGACAUGGGAUACUUUUUUGACUUACUUUCACAAUACACAAAGCCAUGAGUUAUUCUUAUGGAUGGGGAUGCGGCCCUUGAGACGUAUGUAUAAUUUAUGUAUGUUGCUAGUUUUUUUUUAUUAUAUAUAGUUUUCCCUCCCUAGAAGUGAAGGUAUACAUCUAUGGACAUAAAUUCAACAGCUUUGACUUGGUGUGAUGCACUGCCAAUAGCGCUUCACUGGUAUGCAUGGUUUACCUGAAUUAUAUAACUAUUCAGGACAGUUGGGGUUAUGGGUACGGUGGGUUGUUUUGUGUUUCCUUCGUUGUUUUUCACUUUUAUUAUUUUGUUUGUAAUUUUCUGUUCGUCUAUGUACAUUAAAAUUGAAUAAAAAUAUCUGCUAGGAAAAAAAAAGUUCAGUUAAAGAGAUGGCUUGAGUGUCGAGGGUUGAAAAAGACGAAAAAAAUGAGCCGACCUAAGCAUAGCCUUAGCUUUUUUAUCGACACCUUUUUCUUACGCGACUGACAAUGUCAUUCUCCUGUUUCAACAAGCUAGCUUUUACCAUCAGCCCUGUCUUUCUUAAAUAUGAUAUCCUCUGGUUGUCCUACAUCUCUGACCGUUCUUCGGGGUAAUUUAUGUUGUUAGUUUUGUGUAGCGAUCGCAAAUGCUACUCAGUGACAGCCAACGAACACUUUUAAUUUUUUUCAUUAAUAACAAAUCUUUAUAACUUAUUUACACUAACCCCCUUUCUAGAGUUGUUCUUUUUUUACAACAGAAAACUUAACAGUGACAGUCAGAUCCCAUUUUAAUUUUUUCAGGUCAUUCAUUGUCAGAAGCAGCACGGCACAAUGUCACGCUAAAAAAUAAGUUAAAAAUAUCAAAAUGGCUUUCCUCUUUGUCCUCUGAGAGACCAUGCCAACCCAACAAAAUGUUUACUCCAGAUGAAAUGUGAAUGGCUUCACAAAGCUGGCUUCAAACGUCCGCGCAAGUUGAUUCAUUCUUCACAUUUUACUUCCGGGUUAUGAAACCUCGGGUAGUUCCAAACAUGGCUUCAACGAGGGCAGACCGCAAUCAUACGAAUGGCUGACUGUAACGUAUAUUCGGAGGUAAGUUGAUGAAAACAACGAUCUGUGGUGACCCUUUAUUGUGUUACAUAAUUCACCCAAGGACGGAACUUGUGUGUACAUUUGGCCGAGCGCGUUACCGGGCACGUCACUGUCACAUGACAGAGACAAUUAAAAGAGCCGUGCGCGUUCCGGCUGAGUCCGGAGAUUAAGCAGAGUUCACAGAGAGCAGUUGCAUGAGUGGUCGGACACAGCAAGUGUCAGCAACACGAUUACCCAACAGUCCAUCGAGACUCACAACAUCCCAUGCGGUACAGAUCCUUUUUGAAUUUUCAACAGUGUAUUCUAUCAGAUGCGCUUCAUGAUGUAUAUGUUGAGCUUUAUUUGUAGGUGGGUGGCGAGAUGUGACAUAUUUAUGUCACACUGCUGUUGCCAUAGUGUGCACUUCCUGUGGGUGUAGUAUUACAGUAUAAAAGGAAUCUCUGAUGUGUUGGUGACACAUAUGCUGAGAAGCACACUGAAAAAAGAGGUGUUGCUCAAUUCAAGUCUCGGCCUUACAUGUACUUAGAUGAAGGAAGUACAUUCAUUAAGUCCCUACCUCUUUUAAAUGGUUAACUCAAUCAGAGGCCCUUUGUGACGUACAUACUCAUCUGUAUUUGUGAGUAUUGGCUUUCACGUGCUUAUUAGCUCGAUUUUGUAAGCUUUGAAGCAUAGACUUCAUAAUACUUGACAGGACACGGGAUACGGGGCUGAUCCGUAGGGGGCCUAUUUUUUAAGAACUUCAAAUUCAAAUAUUUUCAAAACCAAAGCUGCUACCGACCUUAAACUAAAACAGGCACCUACCUUAGCCUUAUAUGAGUCUCCAUGAGCAGCGGCAUAAAAAAAUUCAGCCGUUCCCUUAUAAAAUCUUAUUUUUUUAUAUAACAAAACUUAAAAUGGCUAUAAAAUUCUCAGAUUUUACACUAGAUGCACAAAAAUCACCAAAUGCAGAGAUAAUCACCUAUAUUUUCAGCAUCAAUAGCAAUAUUAGACAAGUUUUUGUCCAAAAUAGCAACUUUUUUUUUAUUGACUGCAAGUUUUCAACAGAUAAUAAAUAACUCAAUUUUCACAUCAGAAACUUAAUACUUGAGGAAAACAUGCAGAAUAAACUAUAAUAUAUAAAUAGAUUAUUAAUAAAUUGUAUACACAAUCACAACUUAUUAUACAAUAGAAUAGAAUAGAAUCGCACUUUAUUGUAUACAAUGAAAUUGUGGAGCAUUUCCCUUUACUGUGCAUUGUAAAUGAAAAUCUCAAAAGUGACUUGCAAGUAUAAAAUCUAAAUAAACAAAUAUGAAAUGCGUAUGAGCAGUGGCGGAUCUACCAAUUUUGGGGCCUAAGGCAAACAUAGCCAGGGGGCCCUCUUCAUAUGUUCCUUUAACACAAAAGAAGCAGGAAAGGCAGCCUCAAAGGCCCCUAUCAAUAUCAGGAGUGGGAACCUCUUGGUACCUCACGAUAUGGUACGAUUUGCAAUACAAAGCUCACGAUAUCGAUGAUCUGAUGAUAUGGCGAUACAACGAUUAUCGAUACAUUGGUCAGGAAAUCAUUCUAGGAUAUUCUACAAACAACUAAUAAACAGAAAAACAAGCUUCUGUGAAUUGGAAUGAGUUCAUCACUAGUAGACGUCCAAUCCAUUUGA